UCUUCAAAUUGACAUGUCAAACUUUCGAAACUAAAUCACUUCAAAAACAUGUUAGGUUUUUGAACUUCAACAACUCAAUCCCAAUUCUCCUUCACACUGUCUCAAUUUUUUCCGGCUUCAUCAGAAACAACCACAAAAAAUGCUCUCUCUCAAUGUUUUCCCAUCAUCAUCCUCUGUCCCUUUCACCAAACCAAAUCACCAUUUUUCCAUCAAUGCAUCAUCUCACACUCUCAAACCAAAUCUCCUCAACCGGUUUCACCAUGAACCACAUCUCAAAAAAACCAACCUUUCUCUCACACCCAUGUCUCAGAUCCAUCGUUCAACCACAAAGUUUUCAUCUUUUAACGGUUUCCUCUCACACCCAUUUGAGUUUUCACCGUUUUCUCCAAAACCCAGAAACCAGAUUUUGAAAGCUGUAUCUGAUGAAGGUGAAGGUGAAGGUGAAGGUGAAGUUUCACCUCCAAGUACUACUCCAAAACCCAAGAAUCUCAAGAAACUUGCUUUGGUUUUUGGCUUUUGGUACUUCCAAAACAUUGUUUUCAACAUCUACAACAAGAAAGUGUUGAACAUUUUCUCUUUCCCAUGGCUUCUUGCUUCUUUUCAGCUCUUUGUUGGUUCAAUCUGGAUGCUUGUUCUUUGGUCUCUAAAGCUUCAACCUUGUCCAAAAAUCUCAAAACCCUUCAUUUUUGCAUUACUUGGACCUGCUUUGUUUCACACAAUAGGCCACAUUUCAGCCUGCGUUUCAUUCUCUAAGGUUGCUGUUUCUUUCACACAUGUUAUCAAGUCUGCAGAACCUGUUUUCUCUGUGAUAUUCUCUUCUGUUAUUGGUGAUAGGUAUCCUAUUCAGGUUUGGCUUUCCAUUUUACCUAUUGUUCUUGGUUGUUCUUUAGCUGCUGUUACUGAGGUUUCUUUCAAUAUUCAAGGGUUAUGGUGUGCUCUUAUUAGCAAUGUUGGUUUUGUGUUGAGGAACAUUUAUUCGAAAAAGAGUUUGCAGAAUUUCAAAGAAGUUGAUGGGUUGAACUUGUAUGGUUGGAUUACUAUUCUUUCGUUUUUGUAUCUUUUUCCAGUCGCGAUUAUCGUAGAAGGGUCGCAGUGGAUUCCGGGGUAUUAUAAAACAAUUGAAGCUAUUGGAAAGCCUUCAAUUUUGUAUGUUUGGGUUUUGGUUUCUGGUGUUUUCUAUCAUUUGUAUAAUCAAUCAUCUUACCAAGCAUUGGAUGAGAUUAGUCCUUUAACUUUCUCGGUCGGAAAUACAAUGAAGAGAGUGGUGGUUAUUGUGUCUUCGGUUUUGGUGUUCAGGAAUCCGGUUAGGCCGCUUAAUGGUCUUGGAUCUGCUAUAGCGAUUCUCGGGACUUUUCUGUAUUCACAAGCUACUGCUGCUAAGAAAGCAAAGAAAAUUGAAGGUGAAAAGAGUAGUUAGAGAAAUAGAAGGAGAAAAACAAAUAGAGGAAAUUUUAGAAGAUGAUGAUUACUGUUUGAAUAUUUUAGCAGAUUAUUUGACAUUAAAUAAGAUAUUUCAUUAUGGUU